CAUGUCAGGCAGAACUGUCAAACUUUAUCAACGUGCGCCCAGCGUGAGGGGGUGAAUUUAGAUAUUAUUUUUAUUUUUUACCAAAAAAACGGAGACAAAUACUCGCGAAAAUUUCUUCGCGUUAUGCUUCUGCCGUCAAAGUGGUUAUUUUUAACAGUUUUCUCCUGACAAUUUGCAGGGAGCGUUUUAAAGUGCACUAAAAUACAUCUUAACGCUCGCUACCAAGGCCAAUGUCGUCUGCCAUGGAGUCCAAAUAUUUGUUGACAAGCAAAAAUUCUGUAAAAUCUGCACAUGGCGGGAUUACGAAAAAUAAUGUUAACAUAUCAAGUUUUCCAAUUAAACGAAAGUUACAAAGUCCCGUGAAUGGCGUUGAAAAUGUUUUAAUUAAAACGCCUAAACUAAAUAAUGGCAGCUCACCGUCUACCUCAAAUGGCAAAACAAACACCGGCACACUCACACCUAAUGGUAGUUUAGCUCACCUUAAUGGCAAAGGUGUUCAAUCAAAACAGCAACUGGAGCAACAACGACAGGCACUACCUGUUUAUAAAGUACGCCAAAGGAUUAUACAGGAAGCGCGUCGCAAUGAAACUAUGUUGUUAAUGGGUGAGACAGGCUCAGGGAAAACAACACAAAUUCCACAGUUCCUGUACGAAAGCGGUUUCGCUCAAAAGGGUAUGAUUGGCAUAACACAACCUCGUCGGGUGGCUGCUAUAACAGUUGCAAGACGGGUAGCGUUAGAACAAGGUUGCCGUUUGGGUGAAACCGUGGGCUAUACAGUGCGUUUUGAAGAUUGCACGUCACCGCAAACACGUAUUAGAUUCCUUACUGAUGGUUGUCUUCUGCGGGAAGCUAUUGCUGAUCGUCUGUUACGUCAAUACACUGUUAUAAUGUUAGAUGAAGCUCACGAGCGUACCAUAAACACAGAUGUCCUUUUCGGUAUUGUUAAAGAAGCACAAAAACAGCGACGAACGCGAGGGUUAACACCACUCAAAGUCAUAGUAACAUCAGCUACGAUGGAUAUAGAUCACUUUGGAAAGUAUUUCAAUGUACGUGGCAUGUACCUCGAGGGUAAAACCUAUCCAGUAAAAGUUAUGCAUGUAAAAGAAACACAACCAGAUUAUCUGCAUUCAGCACUGGUGACUCUAUUCCAGUUGCAUCGCUCGGAUCCGAUCAACCAUGACGUACUUAUAUUCUUAACGGGACAAGAGGAAAUCGAAGCCAUGGCCCAGCAAAUACGUCAAAUUGCUAAGACACAUGACAAUGAACUGCAUCCAGUACGGGUAUUUCCACUUUACGCGCAGCUACCACAAAACAAACAGCUAGAGUGCUUUUUGCCUGCACCCUCCAAUGCACGUAAAAUUGUAUUAGCCACGAAUAUUGCAGAAACAUCAGUUACAAUACCUGGUAUAAGAUGUAUAAUAGAUUGUGGAUUUGUAAAACAGCGUGUAUAUAAUCCUAACACUGGCUUGGAUGCCUUACGAAUAGUGCGUGUCUCACAAGCUCAGGCUUGGCAACGCUGCGGGCGUGCAGGCCGUGACGCACCAGGCACAUGUUAUCGUACAUAUACACAAGCCGAAAUGGAAUCAUUUGAAAAUAUGCCAAAGCCAGAAAUAUUACGCAGUAAUAUUUGUUCUACUGUAUUGCAACUAUUAGCGUUGGGCAUCGAUUGCCGUACAUUUGAUUUUCUAGAUCGCCCCACACCCGAAGCUGUAGACGAUGCGUAUCGAAAGUUAGAGGCGUUAGGCGCUGUAAGAAAUCCUAAAACAAAGCCUGAACUUACAACCCUAGGACAAGAAAUGACACAAUUCCCACUUGAUCCACGUUACAGCAAGCUGUUACUCUCAGCAUCAGCCUUCGGUUGUAUGGAAGAAAUGCUCAGCCUAGUAGCUGUGUUAUCAGGAGAGAAUGUGUUCAUUUCUAGUAAUGAAAAGCGUGAACUUGCCACCUUGGCGCAUGCUAAAUUCACAUCUAAAUAUGGUGAUCACUUAACACUACUCAAUGUGUUCAGUGCUUUUCUAAAGACCGAAAAAGUCAAGCUGUGGUGCCAUGAUAACUUCCUCAACACAAGAAAUCUAACUUAUGCACGUGAAGUACGCAAACAAUUGGAAGAAAUCGUUGAACGUCUGGAUUUACCAUUAAACAGUUGUGGCAAUAAUCAUGAUCAAGUGCGUAAAUGCUUACUUAUCGGACUUUUCGACAACAUUGCUGAAUUGCAGCGUGAUAAUACUUACCUUACAAUAGCUGGACGUCAGCGUGCUAGAAUACACCCGUCUAGUGUCUUCCACGGCAAAUAUAGACCAGAAUAUGUAAUAUUUACAGAGAUUGUAUUGACCGAACGUAAUUUUCUUCGACAAGUAACUGAAAUCAAUCCCGAUUGGAUAGCUGAUGUGCUGCCAAAUUAUGCGCAUUUAAAUAGAAUAAAAAGUAACGUUAAGGCGAGUUGCAUAUAUCUAUUCAAAUACGCGCCUAUUGUUUUCAAAAAUAUGUGUCUUAAAAAGAUUUUGUGUAAAAUGAUUUUCGACGAAGUAAAAGCAUGUUUACUGCAUUUUUGAUACAUACAUACAUAUUUAUAACAUAAAAACAAAUUUCCUACUUGCGGCCAAACAACAACACAAUAAGAAGGUGUAAAUAAUUUGCAUUGCUGCCUAAAUCGGACGAGCGAUAUAAAUUGUGACAAUGGCAUUAAAAUAUUUAAUUCAAAUGUAAUUUUACUCAAAUGUUAUGCAUGAAUUUAUUUUUAUUAUUUAUAUUUAUUUAUUAACGUAACAUGCAUAAUUUUUUUUUAUUUUUUCUCUUUUUAAUUUUCAUAAAUAUUACCUCCUUUUAUAUGAACAAUAAGCAUUCUGUAUAGUUAUCAUAGAAUAGGCAAAUAAUUAAUAAGUAAUGUUGUAAGAUAAAAAAAAUAGAAACUGUAAAUAUAUAUCCAAACCAUAAAAACUACUAUUUACAUGCAUACACACACACACUUCAUUGUCACAAUGUAAGAAAUUUAAAGUAAAUAAACUAUUUAAUGAAAUGAUAUUAAUUUAAUUUAAUUUUUAUUAGUAUUUAAUAUAAUUAAAUAAUUUAUGUUAUUUACACGACAGCGUUUAUCAGUCUUAUCAUACUCGUAUUCAAACAUUGUAACUGACUUCACUGUAUAAAGUAACAGUUGUUUGUAUUCCCAAACAAAGUCGUAAUAUACUUUUCUAAAUUAUACAUACAGA